AUGGCUGCCGAAUUCGAUGCUUCGCUCAACCCUGAUCAUCUCCAUGGGGACCGAUUGUCCAUCAUGGACAUCUGUCUGUCACCGAAGUGGCCCAUCUCCUACUUCACGAAGGUGAAGGUGUUCAAGAAUUUGUUCCGAGUUCUCUGCGAGAAUCCCAUUCCGUGUGACAUGUGCGGCUCCAACAAGGUGGGCCAACGGUGCACCGGUGGAUGGAAUUACUCGGACAUUGAUUGGAAAGGCGACUUGAAGAGGGUUGGUCAGUCCUGCGACUCGUACUGGUGCAAGGGCUACAGCUGUAGCUUUAUUGUGCGCAAUAAGGAACCAGCUGGUGAAAGCUCGAAGAUGGCCAAUUCAAAGCGCAAGGUGACUAUCAACUUGACUGGUGACAACAUGAAGAAACCCAACAAGAGGGCAAAAUCCGGUACCGUGAAGAUGGAGGGUGAGCUCUCGUUCACCAUCCCAGAUGUGGUUGUGAGCAUGGAGAUGGCAUGGAGGGACGUGGAUUCCCCUGCGUUCCUUAAGUACUCCGGCACUUUUCAUAAGUCCUUUUGUCAUCAUUUCGGUUCCUCCUCUGACACGUUUCGAACAGUACAGUGCCUCCACCGCCUCAUCCACGACUCCAAACGCCUCCACAUCGCUCAUGCCAUCCUGAGUGAGAGCUUCCAUGUGCUCCACGCCAACAUCAAGAGGUCUGGCGAGCUCGACGAUGACAAUUUCCCCAUCAUAGUGGCGCCUCAGAAUGCUCGUGAGGCCGCCGACGCCAUCUACCACAUUAAGAGGGGCGAGCCGAUUCCCAUGGUCAAUGAAGAGUUGGAGAAGGCCCAGGCGGCCUACCACCAUCGUCACGACAACUCAAGCAAGAAGGGCGAGUCCUCCUGCCAGGUGGACAAGGGCAAGCAGUGGGCCAAAUGUGAAAUUUUCUUUUUCUCACUCUCCGAUUCUUGA